AUGGGAAAACGCAAGAAGUCCUCUAGGAAGCCACAAGGUCCCAAGAAGCGAGAGCCCUUAUCCACCACAUUUACCUGCCUCUUCUGCAACCACGAAAAGGCCAUCCAAGUCAAACUGGACAAGAAAGCCGGCGUGGGAAAUCUACACUGCAACGUCUGCGGCCAGCGCUUCCAGACUGGCAUAAAUUAUCUCUCAGCCGCCGUCGACGUAUAUUCCGACUGGAUCGACGCCUGUGAGAACGUCGCCCAAGAGGCCGCCGCUCAAGAAGCUGAAGAUCAAAAGUUCAGUAGCUACGCUUCAACGAGACCGGGUGCAGCAGCUGCAGGAGGCGACGACGAAGAAGAGGAUGGUGCUUACAAUGAUUAUUAA